AGUUUGAACGGUUGUUGUAAAUAAUCAAAUUUUGUACUAGAGCCUAAUUGUGAUUAGUCGAUGAUAAAAGAAUAUAGAAUCCAAUAUAAUGAAGAUUAGCACCGGAUUAUAUACUAAAGGAUUGGCCAUUUGGGACAAAGGGAGAAAAAGAGAGACAGAGAGCAGAGCAGAGAUGUCGGUGAGAUUACUUCAUCUUCUUCCCCAAAACAAUUCCUUUUCUCGGAAUCUCAAAUUUCACCAUCUGUUGACCCGACCCGUAACCCGAAUCCAGUGCAUAAGGAGAGACGAGGAAGACGAUGACAUCAUCAACAAGAUGAGGAUUAGGAGGCCGAAGAGGAAGAAGAAGAUUAUGACCGAUUCGGAGCUAGCGACAGAUUUGGCUAGAGAAAUCGGGAAAGCGAACACAGUCGCGGAGCAGAGAAGAGAAGCGAUGAAGAAGAGCGGUGAGAUUCUGUGGGCAGAGUUUUGUAGGCAUAUGGAUUUGAAAGAAGAUGAGAUGAAGAUAAAAUGGAACAAGAUUGGAGAAGAAGAGAAAUUGGUUCUGGUUAGAGAGUUUGUUGAUGAAUGGGCUGGUGAUUUUCAACCUUUAUCUAUUACAUCUGUUAAAGAAAUGGUUGACCAAGAGUGUUUAGAUUCUGACAAAACAAUCGAAUCUUCUUCUUCUUCGUCUAUGUCUUCGUUUUCUGGCUUGUUUCCUGGAUUGAAGAGAAUCAUUGGGUUUGAGUAGAAAGAAUCUCCAAUUUUCUUUUAUAACAUUGCAAUACUGUAACAUGUUUCUUUAGCUGAGAAUACAUUGGUUUCUUUAGCUGAGAAUACUGUAACAUGUUUUUCGAUUUGUGAAACCAAAUCGUUAUGUUUUGUUCUGAAUACGAAAUGAUCAUUGAAGAUACAAACAGAGAAAAUACUGAUGGAGAUUGUUGAUAAAUGAUUUUUGAGUCCAGAGGAUGAAAAGAAAUCAACAAA